UUUUUUUAGAUGUAAAUGCCUUUGUAAAAAUACAAGAACGGUAAGGUUUUCUAUUACUUUUAAAGAGAGAAAAGUAUGGUUGACCACAACUUUGCUCCCUACGUUACGCGCAAUGUUUAUGAUAAUUAUUCUACCUCUGAGGAACAUUCGGAAUUGAUAAAAUUUGUUUUUAACAUGGAUAAAGGAGACCCAAUUUUAGAUCCUGUUAACCUUAUUAAUGAAAGAUUCUACGACUACUAUAACAAGCGGGGUUUUUCUUAUGGGCAGGACGUCGGAGUUUCUAAGGGUGAACAUUUAGGCUUUUCUAAAGGAGCUGACUUAGGCCUAGAACUUGGCUACUAUAACGGUUGCUGCUCAAUGUGGCGAGCUUUGAGCGAUUCUUCUUCCUCUAAUUUGAGCGAAGGAACACGUUUAGUUGUGUAUUCUCUGCUUACCAUGAUUAGAGAUUUUUGUGCCUCUACUAACAAUGAGAACUUGCAAAAAGAUUUGUCUCGCAUUCGUGCUAAGUUUAAAAAACUUACAUUUCAAUUUAAAAGCAGUAAAGAGUUAACUAAAUGCCUGGAAGUAGACUCCCCUCUUAGUUUUUGACUGAAAUUAAUU